CGAAAUUCGAACCAUAUAACAAUGCUGCAUUUCAUACCAACACGCUGUCAUCUUGUGCAUGAGAUUUGACAUUAAAUCCUUGUGUUCGUCGUUGUUUGCUCGAGGACUAUAUAUCGAAAGACUCCAACAAUCAACUUUCACACGCCCCGCAACACGCGUCAACUCGUCACUCAGGAUCGACAGCAUCAGAACCAUGGCAUCUGGGUCAAGAGUACAUCUUGAGGCAUCUCAACAACCUCAGUACUUUUUCAAGGGCCUCACAACUGAAAGUGCGAACAAGACGACCGAACUACUACAGGUCAACCACGAGAAACACCACAUCCUCUUCAACAAGUCGGGCUUCCACAACCACAUCGCGCAUCACCUUCUCACCCUUUUCGCACUAGGCGCAACACCAGAAGAGAUACAAGAUGGCUAUGAUACCAACGUCUCGUAUCAGCGGCCGUCCGAGCCGUUGAAGGACUCCGCCAUCGAGGACAUGCAUAACCCCGACCGAUUCAAGACCUACCUUGAGAAGGAGGAGUACUAUCACGACUUCCUUGUAUUCUUUCAGAAAGAGAUCGAGAAGAAAACCUGGCAGAAAGUGCUUAAUGAGUACCUGUUCGCGCGGAACGAGCGGGCUGAUGACCUGUUGGCUCGUCUGUACGCUGGCUUCCUGCAUCCAAUCAUCCACAUUGGAUUUGGUGUCGAGUUCCAGCAGCCUGCCAUCAUUGCUGAGGGACUAGCACAGGCAUGUGUGCACGACGAUUGGAUAAAGUGGUUAUUCCUCGGCGUUGAAGAAGCGGCUGAGAAGAACAGAAGAAAUGAUGAUAGAAAGACGAUUGUACAAUUGCUUGACGAAGUGAGGCAGGACGGAAAGCUGAGCAAUGCUGCCCAUUGGGAGGAUGGGAACAAGAUACGUGACGGCAUCAUGAAGAGGGCCCAAAACAAGAUGAUCGAAAUCGCAAGCCAGUACACGAUCCGAGAGGACGAUAACCUGGAGGAGAAGACUGCUGAGAUGAUCAACGCCGCCGUAUACUUUACAGCUGCCGCUCAGCGACCGCCGCAUCAGGUCAAGUUUGACUUCUACUACAUGCACUGCGUCACCUCAUCCAUCUUCUUCUCCAACUUCCUCUCCUCAUUCAACAACUUCCUCACACCCGCAACCAAGCGCCGCCUUCUCGAGUGGAAAGUCUGGAACGAUAUCAUCAUGUACGCAUCACGACACUCACCAGCCCUUUUGCUCUCCGAGGUCACAGACUACACGCCAAAGGCAGAUUCAGAUUGGGACAGAAUCAUCCUGCGAGUCAACAAGCUAGAAGACGACGGUCACGCAAGCAAGGUCAUCCGGGCACUAGCUAAUGGCCAGAAAUCAUGCCAGCCGUACGAGGAUAAGCCUGGCUUUGUCAUCAAGGGUGAUGCGUGGAGGAAGAUAGGACACAUGGCUAUUGACUCUGUGGAGGCAGGUGAGCCACACUGGACUAGGAGCUGUGGAUUUGAUCAGGCGUGGCAGGAUGUGCCGCUGAGGGAUGGAGCGAAGCUGUGAGUUUGCUCGAGGACGGGAGAGACGUGAGGGGGCUGGGAAACCAGGUCGCGUGGACGCUGGAAGCACCAGAGAAGUGGCGAGGAAGCCCUUGUGCGUGUGUUGAGCUGUGCAGUACCAUGCAAGGUACAGACUACGGGGGUUCCACAGGUGAGGCUGUAAGCUGCAGAGGAUCAGGGUAGAUAUCGAUAUCUAUGCAAUGCAACAGAUAAGUCUUGUGCGCA